UCCUCCUAUAAUAAACAACGGGAGGUGCGUGGACAUCCCUCCCUUUACACCAGCCAUGUGGACAACAGGACAGGACUGGAUGAGGUCUUGGCUUUCAUUGAGUGUAACUGCCAUCCUCUUGACAAUCGGAGAUGGACACUACAAUACGCAGUAUAUUGAGAAAAAAGACGACCCUCAUGCCUGGCAUCAUGAUGAGCAACACCCAGUGUACAACAUUUUUCCGACACGCGAAGACAAAGUCUUCAAACAUCCUUUCGCUGCACGGCGCAACAGUUCAAAACUUUCAUCUUCCGUCAGUCCAUCAGUUUCUUCCGAGCACAUGCAAAACUUUGUCAAUGCUUCAUCGCAAUUUCAUCAGGACUUCAUGAACAUGUCCUCUGCAAAGACUGGUGGCAACAAGAACGACGAAGUAAACGGCGGUGAGAUUGGUCAGCAAAAGCUGGAGUCCGACUCAAGUUCAGUGUCACCGAGAAAAUUUACACUACGAACUCUGACCCCAGACCAAGGCAGCUGGCUAAGAAAAAGUCCCGACAAUGUUGAACCUCGCGAGAAAAUUACAGUAAAUCAGGAUGAGUCAGUGACAUAUUACACCAACCCGGCAGAUGGAAAGCAUCUUGUUCUUCGACGAUCACCGAGGUCUACUCAAAGUCGUGCCCUGACUUCAGGUCAAGGACAUUUUACGAACUCUGGAAGUUCUCUCAGGAAUAAUAAGAAGCUGGUUUCCAGCUUCCCAAGCACUCGACAAGACGGUUUACAGCAAUUUCUUCUCAUCGUGUUAAAAAACCCACACCUGGGUGCGCCCAAAACUCUCGGGGUGGUUGCUCAAGGAAAGCGGGAGGUCCCGGAUGUGAGUCAGGUGACUUCAAGAAACGUUCGCCCUGCAGAAGAGGUUAUAGUAAAGGUCAACGACUGCUCGCUGCUGGAAGAAGCUGCCUCAGAUAUUACCGGACAAACACGAUGCUUGGUUGUUCAAAGAAGCAUUCACACGUUUACUCGCAAGGAAUGUGAAGGACGUGAGAAAACGAGGACAGCAGAUGGCACGUGCAACAACCUUCUCCACCCGCUCAAGGGGUCGGCCUUCCAGCCCUUUAAACGCUAUCUCCCACCUGCAUACUCUGAUGGUGUCGGGGCUCCCCGAAAUCAAAGCAAGCGAACGAACGGUCAGAGACAACCCAUGGCGCUGCCAAGUCCUCGUCUUGUUUCCAGAACAGUUCAUUUAGUCAAGGAUGCACCUAGUGACUUCAGUGGUCUACUGAUGCAGUUUGGACAGUUCUUGGCUCACGACCUAACGGGCACGCCCACUGUAGGAGAUGGAGGACUUAGCUGUUGCGGAGAAGCAAGACUUUCCAGUGAGGCAUGUUUUCCCAUCGACAUACCGGCGGGAGACACAUAUUUUACAGACAGCACGUGCAUGAGUUUUCUUCGUUCUCUUCCUGCAACCGACCACAGAAAUACUCCGCUAAGGCCACGUGAGCAGCGUAACGAGGCGACAUCGUUCCUCGAUGGCUCAGUGAUAUACGGCAGCACAGAUGAGCAGUCACAAGCCUUGCGAGAGUUUCGACAAGGUCUCUUAAAAUCGAGCAGUGGGGACAUGCCGAUACUACAGGAUGAUGGAUCCUGCAAUGCUGAGGAUAAACUUUGUCUAAAAUCAGGAGAUAUUCGUGUCAACGAGGUGCCAGGGUUGAGUGCACUGCACGUGCUGUUUCAGAGACAGCACAACCGUCUUGCCAAGGAGCUGGUCGCCCUGUUGCCCUCGGUCCUCUCCUCGUCUCCAGCAGCGGUGGACGAGUGGGUUUUCCAGACGGCACGCAGCAUCCUAGCAGCACAGAUGCAGCACAUCACAUACACUUUGUGGUUGCCGCUGGUGCUGGGACGCUCCACUAUCCAGAGACAGCGGCUGGACGACGUCCUGGUCACGUACGACGACAACAUGGACCCUGCAAUAGCCAACGUCUUCGCCACGGCCGCCUUUCGGUUCGGACAUUCGCUGGUGCCGGACUUCCUGAAAUAUGGAGACGAACAUGUUCCCCUUCACCAAACCUUUGCAAAUCCAAAAUUCGUCCGUAAAGAUCUAGAAAAGGUACUGGAAGGUCUUUUGGCGACACGUGCACAAUCCCUAGACGCCUUCUUCGUGUCCACCCUGCGCAACCGUCUGUUUGAGAGCAUCCCUCGACAGGGGCUGGAUCUGGUGGCACUCAACAUACAACGAGGGCGGGACCACGGGCUGCCACCUUACAAUGUCUGGCGACAAUUCUGUGGACUGCCGCCCCUCACAGGUUUCGAUCCCGUGGCUCUCGGAGAAGCCUCGGCUUCACUUCGCGAGGUCUACAUGAGUGUUGAUGACAUCGAUCUGUUUACUGGUGGUAUUGCCGAGCCGCCGCUAGAGGGCGCGCUUGUCGGACCUACCUUUGCUUGCAUCAUAGGCAGACAGUUCUUUGACCUGAAGUUCGGUGAUCGAUUCUUUUAUCAAACACCUGGAGUAUUCACACCUGAUCAACUACACUUCAUUCAAGGAAGCACGCUAGCGGCAAUGAUGUGCGCCAACACGGCCAUCAAAGCUGUGCAGAGGAAUCCAUUUGUGAAGGAGUCAGAUGAAAAUCCUAGACUGCCCUGCUCCCAACUGCCCACCUCAUUAUCACUAGAUGCUUGGCGACAAGAUGUUAACCGAAUGGUGCAGCGGCUGACGAGGAAUUGACUUUUAGGGGGAAAGUGCAAAGCAAUAAAGUGAAAGACGUAUUAGAAAGACAUUUCCGUCUGUAUAUCACAAAAUAUGUCUGGUUAUUCAGCAGUACUCCACUUGUUGAGCUAUUGUGACUUGAACGAGACUCUUUGCUGUGUUGAAUUACGUACCAUAACCCCUUGUGCCGGGCUCCGUCAAAUACCUUUUUAACGUCAAUAAAUUUAUGAUAGCGGCCCCGUUGCUUUCUGUGAAAAGGUGGCUAUUGCUGUCCUCGAUGACUGAAGUCUUGUGCUAAUCUGUCUUAGUGAGAGUUCUUGAUAGUUGGUAGGCCUUCUCGCUGUCACCUCCUGCCAUUCCAUCCUCUAUGUCCCGGCAGUGACUCUCGAUCCAGUUCAUCCCUUUCUUGAUGGAACAGCUCACUUCUUUGUAUUUGGUAGAUGCUUCGGGUUUGCUUUUUAUAAACUUUUUUCAAUGCCCUCUUUUGGUCACAGAGAUCUAGGAUGUCAUUCGUGAUCCAUGGCUGUUUUUUUAUUUUAUUUAUUUAUUUUUAUUAUUUAUUUAUUUAUUUUUGUCAACUAAAACCUCCUGGUCUGUUGAUAGUAGCACGCCUGUGAUGUAUCCAGAGAAGGUGUUUACAUCAGAUUUUACCAUGUUCAGUUUACGAGUUCACCAAAAUUUUACUCCAUCUGUGGCCUUGAAGACUUCUGCAAAGUUUGGGUCUUGCAACUUCUCAAUAUCAAAGUGAAUUCGUGGGAUGUUUGAGAGUUUCUUCAUAGCCGAGGUCAUAGCCGCUGCUAAUGUCAGCGCCUGGGUUAGUCCUUGUCUUCGUUCAGUUGAUGCUGGAUUUGAAGCGUCUCGGCAGCAGGAUAUAGUCGAUUUGAUUAUGAAUCAGUCCGUCUGGUAAGUGUCACGUGGCCGUUCUUGAUUUCUUGAUUUCUUGCCGGCUUAUGGAGGAAAAGUAGGUACUUAGGUAGGGGAUCCGAUCUGCAAAACAUGAAUACCGUGAUCCUACAAACAUGAGAACGCUGAGACAUGGUCUUGGUUGAUACAAGUGAAAUGGCUUUUAGAUGUUGUUGAUAAUUCCAUUGGUACACAAAGUUCCGUUAGCUAAUAAAAGUAUUGCUGACGUCAUUGUAGAUGCCGUUAGCAUAGAGAGGGAACAUCAUUUCGUUUAAAACGAGGGUUAUCUUCUGGUACAGCUCGUUUCGUUACUUGAAGUUGAUUCUUAAAAUCUGCAAAGAAACCCAUUCGUCAUACAGAACCGUGUCAAACAUGAACAUGCACGAAUAGAUGUUUCAUCUAUAAUUUAUAUCAUUUUAUACUACCAAUAAAUAUGUUUCGCGGUUACUAUUCGUGCAUGUUCAUGUUUGACACCUAAAAGUGAAUGCAAUCGGCCGCGACUUUUAUACCUAUGUAUUUGUGUUCACAACCAUUUUGAUAUAAACUGA